GCAGCCGUGAGGGGGCCGCUUCCGCCGCGCCUCAGCCCGCCCCUUCCCGCCGGGCGCGAUGGCGGCGGUGGCGGCGGGUGCGGAGCGGCCGCAGGUGGUGUCGCACGUGCAGCAGGCGCUGAGCUACACGCUGUUCGACUGCAAGUGGGUGCCCCGCAGCGCGCGUCUCCUCUGCCUGGGCAGCGCCGCGCGCGGCACCGGCGUCCUGCAGCUGUACGAGCUGCGCGCCGGCCGCCUGGCGCUGCUGCGCGAGAUCGAGAAGGCCAAGCCGAUCAAAUGCGGGACCUUCGGCGCCGCCUCGCUGCAGCAGAGAUACCUGGCCACCGGGGACUUCGCGGGGAGCCUCAAUGUGUGGAAUUUAGAAGCUCCUGAAAUACCAGUGUACUCUGUGAAAGGUCAUAAGGAAAUCAUAAACAGUAUAGAUGGUGUAGGUGGCUUAGGAAUUGGGGAAGGUGCACCAGAAAUUGUGACUGGCAGUCGAGAUGGGACUGUGAAGGUGUGGGACCCAAGGCAGAAAGACACUCCUGUGGCUAACAUGGAGCCUGUGCAGGGAGAGAGCAAGAGAGACUGCUGGACAGUAGCAUUUGGUAACGCUUACAAUCAAGAGGAGCGUGUUGUUUGUGCUGGGUACGACAAUGGGGACAUUAAACUCUUUGACUUAAAAACUAUGUCACUGCGAUGGGAGACCAACAUUAAGAAUGGGGUCUGCAGUUUGGAGUUUGACAGAAAAGAUGUAAAUAUGAACAAGCUGGUGGCUACGUCACUCGAGGGAAAAUUCCACGUUUUCGAUAUGAGGACUCAGCACCCAACUAAAGGUUUUGCUUCUGUUUCAGAAAAGGCCCACAAAUCCACCAUAUGGCAGGUUCGGCACCUACCACAGAACAGAGAUAUAUUUAUGACGAGCGGAGGAGCUGGGAGCCUUCAUCUCUGGAAAUACGAGUACCCUGCUCAGCGCUCCAAGAAGGAUUCUGAAGGAGCUGAGAUGGGGGUGGCAGGUUCUGUCAGCCUCUUGCAGAACGUGACCCUGUCAACGCAGCCGAUCUCUAGCCUAGACUGGAGCCCUGACAAAAAGGGGCUGUGUGUUUGUGGUGCCUUUGACCAAACUGUGAGGGUACUGAUAGUUACCAAGCUUAACAAAGUCUGACAGGAGAACUUGGAUCUCUGAUGAGAAAGCAAUAUAGUUUGCAGUCUGUAAAUAUGGGAGGGAGAGACCUCCUGGUUCUAAUUUAAUUUCUCCCUUAUUAAAACUGGAUUAAAGAAAUAGAAACCAGAUCUUUCUAUUGAAAGUUCAGAUACGUGCACUUAGAGUUGUUUGGCUGAUUGCACUGCGAUGACUUGAAGUGGCCUGAGCACGCAACUUUCACCGUCUGGAAAUGUGAAUUUACGUUAAAACAAGAUGUGCCUUCGUGUUAACGCAGCCUGCAACUUCAGCGGUAACUUGAAAUUGCUUGUGUUCAGUUUAACCGCAGCGCAGAUCUGUUGGUGCUUGUUAAAUGGUCUGGCUCUUCUGCAUAUAGUAUUGUCCACAUGCACUCAGUGCAAUGGGAACUACUGUGUGCUCCCCAUAGGAACUCUUUGUGCUUGUUAGUUAGAAUGUUUGUUAAAGUGACUUAGGGGUCUUCAAUACACUAUAGAAUAUGUAUAGUACACUAUACAUAAUGAAUACUAAAAUAUUCAGGUUUAAUUGAGUAGACUUCUUACUGAAGAUGGUAUUGCAAUUAAGCUAUUGAGCAAAAUGCACUGUUUAACCAUUUUAGUUUGGUUUUGUAAUGAGUUUUUAUGUUCUGUUGAUUUUAUAUCUGUUUUUAACUUUGUAUUCUACAAAUAAAAUUAUAUGGAGUGUUGUCUUGAUAUAAA